AUCCCAUAAUGCAACAUACAUAGCAACAACUUGUAAAAGUAAACAGGAUCGGGAAUAUAACGAGAAAUUACUAUAUGUAACCGUCACUACAUCGUGAAAUUGCAUUUACAGUAUGAAUUCUUACCUGGUGGUUGUAUUAGUGUGCUGGUUUUGUUCAUCGUUCGUCUUCGCUGCUAUCAACGACAGAAAUGGGGAUCGAAUUCCGCACUGGACUGAAGUUUGCCCGUUAGCUGUUCAUCCAGAUCCCAACCGAUUUAUUCAGUAUAAACCUAACGGGGAGCCGGUGGAGAAGAAAUGUGAUGAAGGCCUUAUCUUCAGUUACGAUCAGUGUUCGUGUAUUUGGAGCCCACCUAUAGGUUGCGAUAAGCGCCCCUCAAAGCUCGGCAUUACUUAUUAUGAACAGAAUUCCAACAAUUACUGGCUGACCAUGGUUUGUGCCCUGGGAUCAGCUUACAGUCCUGCUACCUGUGACUGCUCCGUACACCUGAGAUUAAACCAGGCUAACAAUAACCAAUUUGGACAACCAAGGUUAUGAUUGAACGUGUCGAUCCCUAACACACAGAAAAGUGAUGGGACUAGUGUUCUUUGUCCAGAACUACUUUGUUGUUCAAAAUUACUUAUUUGUUGAGAACUGUUAAACUAUCGUGACAAUAUUGGUGUGGAUUCAAUUUAUGUAUUUACAUUUUGUAUCAGAAUAAGAUAACGUUCAUUUCUUGAUAUAUGUAUUAGUUACCCAGUUUUACGAGUGGUUUGUUUCCUUUUCUUUCUUCUUCUUCAUUGCACAGUGUCGCGCUACGCUUAACCCAGAAAUAAAACUUUUAAGAUAACAAAACAUAGUUUUAGAAAGAAUUUCGAAGGACAGAUAUGAUAGAUAUAUUCAAAGCAUAACUACACAAGUAUGUGUCCAUUUACAUGUAGAAGAGAGCAAUGACAGCGAACAUGGACCCUAAAUGAAUAUUGGAAAAAUCGACAAACUAAUGAAAAUCCCUCAUUAGUCCAUCAUAAGAACACAUUUAGUGUGAUUGCAUUUCAUCUGUAGUAGUACCUAAUUAAUAAUUCAGUCUCAAGGAAAUUGAUGUUUGAUUGCACAGCGGGGGAAAUCUUGCCAAAAAUCUUGUCAUAUCAAAGUUUACCUUAUUUUUCUAUGAAAAGGUUUAAAAUAGUGAGAUGGAAAAGGGGCACUUUUUUGAAAAUCCAGUGCGAAUUUAGAAAACUAUGUAUUAAAUUUUCACAAAAUAAGAGCAUAACUAUGUGCAUAAAACAAACUGUGUCAAUUACAAAGCAUACACGUGUCUACUCUUAUCAGAAAAUGACGAUUAACUUUUUGUCACCUUUAAGAGGGUGCAAAAUACUUUGAAGGUCAUUCGCUGGUAUUCCUCCUCAACCCAGCUUUUGUCAGCUGAGAAUUCCAUGAACAUGUUAUGUAUAGCAGAACAUAUCAGUAAAAUUCAUACAUUAAUUGUACAUUGUUUGUCUUGAUUAAAAAAUACCCGUAUGAUUAAAUAUUACGUUUUCGCAUCAAAACAAAGUUUUCAGAGGAAGUUCGGAUUAAUUUCUUUAUACAUGUGUGACAAUUAUUGUCAACAUUUGAUUUUUUUCAAAGACUACAACAGAUCUGUAAGAUAUGUCAAAUGAGUCGAAGGGCGAUUUGUAACCAUAUUUACCAGAAUAAAAACUCAUUCAUUUUCAAUAUAUGUGUACCAAUUCUAAAAAUAAAACCAUGAAUAAUUCCA